CCACAUUACAAAGUACAAGAUUAUAUGGGCAUUUGUUCAUCAAAAAAAGAAUUAGAUAAAAUAGAAGUACCAAGUAAAUCGUUUUUCGAUUUUGAAAUAAAUGAUAUUGAUGGCAAUCUAGUUUAAAUGUCAAAAUUUUAAGGAAAAAAAGCAUACAUUUGUGUUAAUGUUGCUUGUUCUUGUCGUUUAACCACGUAGAAUUAUGUUGAAUUAGUUGAAAUUUAUAAGCAAUACAAGUAUAUCAUUUUUAAUAUGAAUAGAGAUAAAGGUUUAGAAAUUCUAGGUUUUCCAUGUAAUUAAUUUAGGAAUUAAGAAAGCAAACCAGAACCAGAAAUAAAAAAUUAUGUUACUUAAAAAUAUGGAGCCCACUUUCCAUUAUUCCAGUAUUUAAAUAUUUCAUAUUUUAUUAGGAAAAUCGAAGUAAAUGGGAUUGGAGCCCACGAUAUCUAUAAAUAUCUACGAUAUAAUAGUGAAUUGAGGAUUAAUAAUAAAAAUGAAGUAAAGUAUGUUCAUUGGAACUUUGCAAAAUUUUUGCUUGACGGGAACGGAAACGUAAUAAACUAUUAUUGUCCUGACGUUAGUCCAAAUGAUAUGAUUAAAGAUAUUGAAAAACUAUUGAAGAACUGA